AGGCGCUUUAAAAAUGUUCUCUCUGGAUUAGCAGAGAUAAAAGAGAAUUGUUGUCGGCGCGCGUUUUCUUGCCUAUCGGUCAUCCCUACAAGCCUCGUUGCGGCGUUGCGGCGUUGCGGCUUCUCAGCUCCUUCGUCUUGAUCUCCCGUCUUCGUUUCCUUUUGCGCUGUCAGUUAUAGAGUGGAGGCAGCGGUUUCAGGUUUGCAUAGUUCAGACUCGAGCAAGAUCACACAAUUCGGCGCAAACCUUCUACUUAUUGGUGGUAAGGCAGAAGACAAUGUUGUUUGUUUGAAUAUCAAAUAGCAAUUCCAGUUCACAGUAAAAUGCUCGGCAAAGCAAGAUCUACUUUGUGGUGCAAGCGCAGACACCAAAACACGGUGAGGCAACAACAGAAGUUUUUCUUGAUGACAUUAGACGAUAUUGCAUUCGGAUGAAUUGGAUCACCAAUAAGAUGUAGCUUAUUGAUAAUGUUUACAUAAUCUCAUUUUGUCACAUAUGGCGAUUAAAGGAAGUUUCAGAGGACUUAGGGGUAAAAAACAUUCCCUUGCCAUUGCUGCAAUCUGCUCAGCACUUAUUAUCUGGACAUGGGAAAAAGCUACUCUUCUCACCACUCUCCUUCCGCCACCUAAUUCAUUUGAGAUGGUUCCUUCUCCAGUGAUUCUUAGAAGUCCUGUGCACCACCUAAAACAUGAUGAAAGACGACAAUAUGUAGAGCAUGGUUAUACAGAUUCAAACAGCAUAGAUGUUACGCUGACUGAACGAAUAGAUCCUGCAGCUGUUAUUUCACCUGUUAGUUCGGAAAUAUCAAGUUCUUUGAUGACAACAAAGUUGGAUGAAAGUAUUGUAAAUAUGCCCAUGGAGAAGAAAGUUUGUAAAUAUGAGAAGGGUAAAUGGGUUGCAGACAACCGAAGGCCAUUAUAUUCUGGGCUUGGAUGCAAGCAGUGGUUAUCUGACAUGUGGGCAUGCAGAUUGAUGCAACGUGAAGAUUUUUCCUAUGAGAGAUAUAGAUGGCAGCCAUUAGAUUGUGAGAUGCCCGAGUUUGAAGGGUCUGCAUUCUUGAAAAGGAUGAGGGGCAAAACUAUUGCUUUGGUAGGAGAUUCCUUGGGAAGGCAGCAGUUCCAAUCCCUGAUUUGUAUGGUCACAGGAGGUAAUCAUUUUCCUGGAGUGAAAGAUGUGGGUAUAGAGUAUGGCCUUGUAAAAGCACCUGGUGCCGUGAGACCUGACGGUUGGGCUUACAGGUUCGCCGACACUGGCACAACCAUCCUGUACUAUUGGUCGGCCACACUUUGCGAGCUAGAGUCUCUGAAUCGAUCAGAUCCAUCUACGAGUUAUGCCAUGCAUCUCGAUCGUCCCGUGCCUUUUUUGAGAAAUUAUAUUCAUAGAUUUGAUGUUCUUGUUCUGAACACUGGACACCAUUGGAAUAGGGGAAAGAUCAAAGCAAACAAAUGGGAAAUGUUUGUCGGAGGAAAGCCCAUUGCUGAUCGAAAGCUUGCAGAUAUAGGAAAUGCAAAGAAUCUUACCAUCCAUAGCAUAGUUAAAUGGAUUGAUUUCCAGAUUUCUCAGAAUCCCCAGCUGAAGGCCUUCUUCAUGACUAUAUCUCCAAGGCAUUUCUUUAACGGGGAUUGGAAUACUGGAGGGAGCUGUAACAACACUAAACCUUUGUCAAAUGGAAGUGAGGUUUUACAAGAUGGCUCUCUUGAUACAGUUGUUGAGAGUGCUGUGAAGGGUUCAAAGGUGAAGCUUUUGGACAUAACUGCUCUUUCUAAAUUGAGGGACGAGGCGCACAUAUCCAGGGGUAGUCUUACGGCUGCAAAGGGUGUCCAGGAUUGCUUGCAUUGGUGCCUUCCAGGAAUUCCUGACACCUGGAAUGAAAUCCUUUGUGCACAACUGUAGUCAUUUUGGAGGUAGAGAAAUGCUUCUUCAACCACUCAAAUCAGUAUAUAUUUUAACACCACCUCACUAAAGAAAACUCUUAAAAACA